UGAGAAACUGCUUCCAUCCAGAAACGUAGAAACGGGGCAGACUCUAGUUAGUCACCAGCGGCGAAGCAGAAGCGGUUGCACUGCAUGGCAAUGAACGUCAUUUCGUUUCGCUGAGGUGGGAGAGAGGACGUGCGCUACAGAGCGGCAGCACCGGAUUGAUUGUGGGGGAUGCUACAAUUUUAUUCCGCGAUCCAGUCUCGCCUUUAGCUCUUGGUCGCCCCGUCUUUUUUUCCCACACAGCUCUGUUUCCUUCCUAUUUUGCUAUACGAUUCAAGCAGAAGACACGGCUGCAUUUGGAGUGUUGAUACAAAGACUGACGGUGUGGGAUGUUCUGCUGUCACAGAGAAACAGGCGCAGUGUAGCAGCUAAUGGGACUGCUCGUUGGAACACAGAGGUGACGGAAGCUUAUCUGGCAGUGUGAAAAAGAAGUCCAGCUGGGAGUCGAACAAGCAGGCGAGAGAGGUGGCCGGGCUGCCAUGACCCAGAGAGCGCGUGGUGGAAUCAGGGGGUGAAAGGUCAAGGGUCGGCUUCCCAUCGAGCGCCAGGAAGGCCCCCCCUGCUGGACCGAGCGAGGGACCGCGCCAGAGGACCGAGUCGAAGGGGAUACACCGAAAGACGUGCGCGGAGGGGCCCGGGGAGGGGCUAGCGGCAGCAGGAUGUGGGAAGGACUGGGAGUGCAGGUGCUUCUCGUCUGUGUAGGCGUGGUGCUGUGCAGCCACGCCCACUUGCCCCAGGACCACGCCCACCGGAGGCGGCUCUCACUGCACAGACACAGGGAGCGGGGCAAGGAGGGGCAGGUCCUGCACCGAUCCAAGAGAGGCUGGGUUUGGAACCAGUUCUUUGUCAUCGAGGAGUACACAGGACCGGACCCUGUGCUGGUGGGGCGGCUUCACUCGGAUGUGGACUCUGGGGAUGGAAACAUCAAAUACAUUCUUUCGGGGGAGGGCGCGGGCACAAUUUUCGUCAUCGACGACAAAACCGGGAACAUCCACGCCACAAAGACGCUGGACCGGGAGGAGCAGGCCCAGUACACGCUGACAGCCCAGGCGGUGGCCCGGGACACCAACAAGCCGCUGGAGCCACCCUCUGAGUUCAUCGUCAAGGUGCAGGACAUCAACGACAACCCGCCCGAGUUCCUCCACGGGCCGUACUACGCCAGGGUGCCUGAGAUGUCCAAUGUCGGCACGUCGGUCAUGCAGGUGACGGCGACCGACGCGGACGACCCCACCUAUGGGAACAGCGCCAGGCUGGUGUACAGCAUCCUGCAGGGGCAGCCCUACUUCUCGGUGGAGCCGCAGACAGGGAUCAUCCGAACAGCCCUGCCCAACAUGGACCGGGAGGCGCGGCAGGAGUACGACGUGGUCAUCCAGGCCAAGGACAUGGGGGGCCACAUGGGGGGACUGUCAGGGACGACGGAGGUGAAAAUCACCCUGACAGACGUCAACGACAACCCCCCCAAGUUCCCUCAGAGUGUGUACGCCAUGUCAGUGUCGGAAGACAAGGUUCCGGGCGAGGAGGUGGGCCGGCUGAAGGCCAAGGACCCUGACCUGGGCGAGAAUGGCCUGGUGACGUACCGGUUGAUCGAGGGUGACGGGAAGGGCGUGUUUGAGAUCGACACUGACUCAGAGACCCGCGAGGGAAUCAUUAAACUGAAAAAGCCUGUGGAUUUCGAGACCAAGAGGGCCUACACCCUGACGGUGGAGGCGUCCAACGUCCACGUGGACCCCCGCUUCCUCGCCUGGGGACCCUACAAGGACACGGCCACCGUCAAGGUCAUGGUGGAGGACGCGGACGAGCCUCCGAACUUCACCGCUGCCAGCUACGACUUUGAGGUGGAGGAGAACGCCCCCGACGGGACGGUGGUGGGACGUGUGCACGCCAAAGACACCGACGUCGCCAACAGCCCCAUCAGGUACAUGAUUCCUCGGUACACAGACUUGGAGCAGUUCUUCAGCAUCGGUCCUGAGGAUGGCAUAAUCAGAACAACCAGACCCCUGGAUCGGGAGACCCAGGGCUGGCACAACAUCUCUGUCAGUGCCACAGAAAUCAGCGGACACCAUCAAGAUGCUAAAGUUCGCGUCAACAUCAAGGUUAAAGAUGUGAACGAUAACGCCCCGGAAUUUGCCACCCAGAAUGAAGUCCUUGUGUGCGAAAAUGUUCCGUCUGGCAAGCUCAUUGAGACCGUUAGCGCGGUGGACAAAGACGAGAUGGCCCACCGGCAGCACUUCCGGUUCAGCCUUCCCCCUGAGGUCGCCAACAACCAGAACUUCUCCCUCAAAGAUAACAGAGACAGCACGGCCAGCAUCUACGUGAUCCGGAAGGGCUUCAGCCGGGUGACCCAGGACAUCUACCUCCUGCCCAUCGAGAUCAACGACAGCGGGAGCCCCCCCAUGAGCAGCACCAACACGCUGACCAUCCGCAUCUGCAGCUGCGACAGCAAGGACACCAUCCUCUCCUGCAACGUGGAGCCCUUCAUCCUGCCCGCCGGGCUCAGCACGGGGGCCCUCAUCGCCAUCCUCGCCUGCAUCGUCAUCCUGCUGGCGAUCGUGGUGCUGUUCGUCGCUCUGCGCCGGCAGAAGAAGGAGCCGCUCAUCGUCUUUGAGGAGGAGGACAUCCGGGAGAACAUCAUCACCUAUGACGACGAGGGCGGCGGCGAGGAGGACACGGAGGCCUUCGACAUCGCCACACUGCAGAACCCUGACGGCGCCAACGGCUUCCUGCCGCGCAAGGACAUCAAGCCCGAGCUGCAGUACCCCCUCCGGCCUGGCUUGCGCCCGGCUGCCAACAGUGUGGAUGUGGACGACUUCAUCAAGACGCGCGUCUCGGACGCUGACAACGACCCCACGGCGCCCCCCUACGACUCCAUCCAGAUCUACGGCUACGAGGGGCGGGGCUCCGUUGCCGGCUCGCUCAGCUCCCUGGAGUCGGUCACCACGGACUCGGACCUGGACUAUGAUUACCUCCAAAGCUGGGGCCCGCGCUUCAAGAAGCUGGCUGAUCUCUACGGCACCAAAGACUCCGCCGACGACAACUCCUAACGCCCGAGAGGUUUCCCUCAACACCCCCCCCC